AUGUUCAACCAGCACAGCGGAGAGAUGUUUCGACGGCGGUACGGCCAGGAACCACCUCUCACGAACUUGCACAAUGUCGCUUUGCCCGGACAACUCUCGCAGGAUACAAGUGCAGUGCCAUCCCUUCAUGGAUCUGGAGAGCCGUCAAGAAGCCAGAGCCAGGAGCGAGACGGAACCUGGGGUGAGCGAGAUGUCGGAGGGCCUGUCAACCGUCAGGAGGCCAUGGCAGAGUUCGAGGAAAUUAGGCGGGAGAUCUCCAAAAUCAGCCUGCAACGUACCGCAACUCGCGAAUCUGGUGCCGAAAAGGUCAGAACCUGGCUCUCCCGAGGUCGGUCGCGGCCUUCGGUGGCUCGGACCACGACAACAGCUUCAAGAGCCAGCAGUGUGGCCACCGAUACAACUUGGGAUAAAGAGACUGGUCCCGAGCCGGUCGAGGAGGAUGACCUGGAUCUAGGCGCUUUCCUCAAGGACGGUCACUUCGAAAAACGGACCGAGGCAGGCGAGUCGGCCAAGAAGGUCGGGGUGCUGUUCAGGAAUCUUACCGUCAAGGGAGUGGGUGCUCAAGCCACCUUCACAAAAACUCUGCCAGAGGCCAUCAUUGGCACAUUUGGACCCGAUCUAUAUCACCUCGUGACCGGAUUCAUCCCUACACUUGAGUUUGGCAAAUCGCCUCCGACAAGGGAUCUGAUCCACGAUUUUACGGGCAGUGUCCGCGAUGGCGAGAUGAUGCUCGUGCUUGGUCGUCCCGGAUCGGGCUGUUCGACCUUUCUCAAGGUUAUUGCCAACCAACGGGAGAGCUUUGCUGGCGUGGAAGGCCUUGUCACUUACGGUGGUAUCUCCGCCGAAGAACAAAAGAGGAGCUACCGAGGCGAAAUCAACUACAAUCCAGAAGACGACCAACAUCUCCCCAGCCUGACUGUGUGGCAGACUCUCAAAUUUGCAUUGAUGAACAAGACCAAGAAACAUGAUGCUAGCACCAUCCCAAUCAUUAUCGAUGCGCUUCUGAAGAUGUUUGGUAUCUCCCACACGAGAGACACGUUGGUGGGAAACGAGUAUGUGCGAGGUGUUUCCGGGGGUGAGCGAAAACGAGUCGGUAUCGCCGAAACCUUGGCAACAAAGUCAACUGUGGUCUGUUGGGACAAUUCGACGCGCGGUCUGGAUGCCUCAACCGCUUUGGACUACGCAAAAUCGCUCCGCGUCAUGACUGACAUUUCAAAUCGAACGACCAUCGUCACUCUCUACCAGGCAGGUGAGGGGAUUUAUGAACUUAUGGAUAAGGUCUUGGUCAUUGAAGCGGGCCGUAUGAUCUACCAGGGCCCGGCGAACCAAGCACGACAGUAUUUCAUUGAUUUGGGGUUCCAUGCACCCGACCGGCAAACCACGGCCGACUUCCUAACCUCAGUAGGAGACCCGAACGAGCGCCAGUUCCGAGAGGGCAUGGAAGCUUCAACACCUAAAACUGCACAAGAGCUAGAGGCUGCAUACCGCAAAUCGGACAUUUAUAAACGAGUGCUUGCGGAGGUCGAACGCUAUGAGAUUGAGAUGGAGGCUUCUGACCGUUCAGAUGCCAGGCAGUUCCAAGCAGCCGUCCAGGAACAGAAGAGCAACAGUAAGCUCAUCUCAACACGUUCCAGCUAUACUGUCUCGUUUUGGCGUCAAGUCAUGGCGUGCACACUUCGUGAGUUCUGGCUUUUUUGGGGCGACAAGUCGACUCUGUACACUAAGGCCUUUAUCAUCAUUUCGAACGCUCUCAUCGUCGGUUCUCUGUUCUAUGGCGAAAGCCUCGAUACCAGCGGCGCCUUUUCUCGAGGUGGCGCUCUCUUCUUCUCUAUUCUGUUCCUUGGCUGGCUCCAGAUGACUGAGCUAGUAAGGGCGGUCAGUGGCCGAGUGGUGAUUUCACGGCAUCGCGACUAUGCAUUCUAUCGACCCAGUGCGGUGGUCAUCGCCAGAGUCGUCCUAGAUCUGCCGGUUCUCGCCGUCCAGGCUGUCGUCUUCAUCAUUGUUCUCUACUUCAUGGCCAAUCUCGACGUCGACGCUGGCAAAUUUUUCAUCAACCUUCUUUUCGUGUAUCUCAGCACGAUCUGCAUAACCGCGCUUUAUCGCAUGUUUGCGGCGUUAAGCCCGACCAUCGACGACGCGGUCAGAUUUUCUGGUAUCGCACUCAAUCUCUUGGUCAUCUUUGUCGGUUAUACAAUUCCGAAGACUACAUUGACGGGCGACGUGAUUUGGUUCGGUUGGCUGUUCUACAUUAAUCCGGUGUCAUACUCAUACGAAGCAGUGUUAACGAACGAGUUCCAUGGUCGAUUGAUGGACUGCUCUCCUUCAAACUUGAUACCGCGCGGCCCCUACGCCCAACCGGGCUACCAAGGGUGUUCGCUUCCUGGAGCGACUAUGGGCAGCACCAAAGUCAGCGGUGACGCCUAUUUCCAAACUUCGUUCGGCUACUCGCGGUCACACCUCUGGCGAAACUUCGGUGUGGUCAUCGCCUUCACGGUUCUCUACAUACUCAUCACAGCUUUCGCUUCUGAGAUCUUUUCAUUUGCUGGAGGCGGAGGUGGUGCGUUGGUCUUCAAGAAGACUCGCAAGGCGAAGAAGAUGGUCGGCGAGAAGACGAAACAUACAGAUGAAGAAAAGGUCGUGACGCCCGCGGAGCCCAGCUCAAGUGGUACCUCAGAAAUUCUGAAGGAGGAGAAGGACGCGAUCGUGGGCGGCAUCGCCAAAAGUAAGAGUGUCUUCACGUGGGAGAAUGUCGAGUAUGAAGUCCCAUACCAAGGUGGGAAGAGAAAAUUGCUCAACGGAGUUAAUGGAUAUGUCAAACCUGGAAUUAUGAUCGCCCUCAUGGGUGCUUCCGGAGCUGGCAAGACGACACUGCUCAACACCCUCUCGCAGCGACAAACGACGGGCACUGUUUCUGGGGACAUGCUUGUUGACGGACGCCCUCUUGGAAUAGAAUUCCAGCGCGGGACUGGUUUCUGCGAACAAAUGGACUUGCACGACGAAGCCGCCACUAUUCGAGAAGCUCUUGAGUUCUCGGCGAUAUUGAGACAAGAUCGGAACGUGCCGAAGCAGGAGAAGCUUGACUAUGUCAACAACAUCAUUGAUUUGCUGGAGCUCCACGACAUUGAGGAUGCCAUCAUUGGUUCGCUGGGUGUGGAACAGCGUAAGAGACUGACUAUCGGUGUCGAGUUGGCUGCAAAGCCCGAGUUGCUUCUUUUCCUGGACGAGCCGACCAGUGGUCUGGAUUCUCAAUCCGCCUUCUCGAUCGUACGUUUCUUGAAGAAGCUCUCUCAAGCCGGCCAGGCAAUUAUCUGCACGAUUCACCAGCCCUCGUCGAUGCUGAUCCAGCAAUUCGACAUGGUCUUGGCACUCAAUCCCGGAGGCAACCCCUUCUACUUUGGUCCCAUUGGAGAGAACGGCUCGGCUGUGAUUGAAUACUUUGCGAAACGAGGCACUCAGUGUCCACCCAACAAGAAUGUGGCUGAGUUUAUUCUCGAGACUGCUGCGAAAGGAGGGAAGAGAAGAGCGGACGGAAAGCGGGUCAACUGGAACAGAGAAUGGCUCGAAUCCGAGGAAAACGCGUCCAUGCUCAAGGAGAUCCAACGCCUGAAGGAAGAACGAUCCAAGGAGCAGCCAGCAAAGGGAGUAAAGGAACAGCGCGCCUUUGCCGCCUCUGUACCUCUACAGACGUACGAGCUCACGAAGCGCACAUUCCGUUCAUACUGGCGCGACCCAUCGUAUCUGUAUGCGAAGCUCUUCGUCAGCGUGAUCAUUGGCAUCUUCAACGGCUUCACAUUUUACAACCUCACCGACUCGGUGGCAUCGCUGCAAGAACGGUUCUUCACUUCCUUCCUCAUUAUCGUCAUCCCACCCACGGUCGUAAACGGCGUGGUCCCCAAAUUCUACCAAAGCCGCGCAUUGUGGGAGGCCAGGGAAUACCCAUCGCGGAUCUACGGGUGGUUCGCAUUCUGUACGGCACAGGUUGUCGCCGAGAUUCCCACGGCCAUCGUUAGCUCCGUCAUUUACUGGCUGUUGUGGUACUAUCCGACCGGGCUCCCACGCGAUAGUGAGACGGCGGGGUACAUGUUCCUGAUGACCAUGUUGUUCUACUUCUUCAUGUCAUCCUGGGGCCAGUGGAUAUGUGCGUUUGCGCCGUCCUUUACGGUGAUUUCGAACACCCUCCCUUUUUUCUUCGUUAUGGUCUCUAUCUUCAACGGUAUCGUGAGGCCCUACAGCCAGUUACCGGUGUUCUGGCGGUAUUGGAUGUACUAUGUCAACCCGUCCACGUGGUGGCUGCGCGGCGUGCUCGCAGCAACGCUGAAAGACCUGACGGUCCGCUGCGCACAGGGCGAGUCGACACUGUACAAUGCCCCGCCGGGUCAGACCUGCCAGUCCUACACUCAGCCGUUCAUCAACUCCUCCGGGAUGGGCUAUGUGAGUACUCUGGCCAACGGGACCUGUGCGUACUGCCCGUAUGCGAGCGGAAGGGAAUACCUCUCCACAUUGAACACCAAGCCGGACGAGCAGUGGCGCGACUUUGGCAUCUUCUUGGUCUUUGUGUGCUCGAAUUGGCUGUUGGUCUAUUUCUUCAUCUGGAGCGUGCGGGUCAAAAAGUGGAGUUUCGGUAUGCGCUAUGUCUUCGGGAUGGCUGAGAGGCUGACUGACGGGGCCAAAGGGUUGGUGACGAGGAAGAGAUAA